AUGUACCAACUCACGGAAGAAGACCUCGACACCUUUCACCAAGAUGACACUCCUGUCAUCCGGGCCGCUGCCAAAUCCAACCCAGCUAUACUCGAAGCGCUGCUGGCUCGUUAUGCAGACUCCUACCAGAAUAAAAGUCUGUCGAAGGUCGAGCAGAACAUGAUAAAGCUGCUAUCACCCAAUACAACCGUGAACCUGCAUGGGAGAAUCCAAUCUCCCAUAAAUGCUGCCAUCGGCGCCAAUUUACCAGAGAAUGUCCGUCUUCUGCUGGCCGCGGGCGCGGAUCCGAACGGCAUUAGAGCUGCCGAUAUGGCAGACUUUUCAGUCAACUUUAUUCGUGGCCGUGACUUCCACUUCAACCGUAACGAGAGGAGGCUCGGUCCAGGGUUUAGACGUCGUGAUCAUGUUCUAGCCACUGCACGAAGUGAGGGAGGCAUUGAUCACCAGGUCUGCCCAUUAACUGAGGCAGAGUUGGACGAGCGUCGCCAUGGCUUUCCCCGUUUCUGGACGGAGCCCAACAUUCCCGGACGACGCUUGCUGCCGACAAUGGACAAGAGAGUUACAAUCGAGCAACGGCGGAUGGACAGCGCUUUGACAGCGCUGGAAGUCGCGGCAAAGUCUGGCAAUAUAGAGAUCCUAGAUCUCCUGCGGGCAGCAGGAGCGGACGAGUCUGCUUGGAUACAGCCAUCAACCACAAGUAAUGAUGAUGCGGACCAAUUUAAGAUUGAAGGUGAGAACACUCCAAUCUCCUCUCUGGCGACAUCCUCUCCUGUCCACGAAGCCAUUGCUGCUGGUCAGCAGGCCAUGCUCCGUCAUCUGCUGUCCACCUGUAGGUAUUCCCCCAACUAUCGUCCUCGUGCAGCCCCCACUGUUGCUCUUCCACCACUUUCCUACGCCAUCGCCCAGUGCGAUCUCAGCAGUACCGGCGUCCAGAGGUGCCUGGUUGACCUACUCUCCCAUCCACAGCUGGAUGCCAAUCUGCGCACACCCAUCUUCAACGUCCAUCCGCUCCACUUUGCCACAGCCCGUCAUGAUCCCGACCUCCUCUCGUGGCUGGCGGGAUUCAUUCCUGGUGGAUUUGCCGCAGCCGGGGUCACAGCACUUGGACACACGCUGCUCCAUGUGGCUUCGUUGCCUCUGACAAACUGCCAAACUGUUGCGGGCAAUCCCGAGAUCGCCAGAAGCAUCCACUGCGCCCGAACACUUGACUCUUAUUGGUCUCCAUAUCGACUUCCCAGUCCGAUCCACAUGCAGUUUUUGACGCCUGGCGAAACAGGUGCGAAGCAUCCACAGCCCAUGACAGUAGCCCAGCAACAGGCCCAAAAGGCCACGAUCCGGGUCUUGCUGGAAUGGGGCGGGAUCGAUGUCGGCGCCAAAGACGUCGAUGGGAACACGGCGUUGCAUUAUUUGGCGGCGACUUUGAAUGUGGAUGAGGAGACUGUGGAAUUGGUAAGACAGAUGGAAGGUGGGGAGGCAGUCUGGCAGGAGGCGACCAAUUACUGGGGAUUGACUCCAAGGCAGCUAUGGGGGUAG